AGAUACUGUACGUAUACACUCAUCGCUGGCUCUUCUGCACGCGUUUCGCUUGAAUCUGUCGCCGCGCCACCGUCAAGCAGACAGCGCGCUGACCUAGCACGCAAAGGGCUCAGAACCGGUCUCUUCGUUCCUCUGCGAAGGCACUUGCCCAUCAUGCCCGCCUUCUACCCACGCAACAACAUGCCUCGGCAUCUCCCCUUGACACCACCCGAGUUUGUACCCAGCUACCACUCGGGCUGUGGUGGAAUGCCCUACCAGCAGUCCUCGUACUCUGGCCAGCCGAGCAUUAGACAACACGAUGAUGGAUAUGACUUCGCGGACCGCUACGGCCAGCUUUCCAUUGCGAUGCCUCCCAUGUACCCGCAAGCCGGAACCUACCUGAGCAGCGCAGCACCGAGCCUGCCACCUCCCAAUUCGUUCUACGACGCUCCCGUACUUCCGCCCAUGCGCGUGCAGAACGAGCAACAGCAGCAGCAACGUGUGCAGGACUACAACAACCAGCGUGCGUCUCAGCAACCCAAAGAAGAGAAGCCCGUUGGCGGUGUUUCUGCGAAGCUCGAUUACGACAUGGACGUCAUGACCGACUUCGUUUGCGAAAAGGCACUCCAACUCAUCACGCCAGGAUGCAUGAUGCCGCCUUCAUUCCGCAAGUGGGUACAUCAGGUGCUCUGCGCGACCCGAUUGCCAUCCGCCACCAUCCUGCUCAGCAUGUUCUAUCUGUCGAGUCGCAUGCCCAUGGUAGCGAGCGUGCCCAAGAACGAGAGCCACUUGUUCCGCAUGCUGACCAUUGCUUUGGUGCUGGGUAGCAAGUUUCUGGAUGACAACACCUUCAUCAACCGUUCCUGGUCUGAAGUUAGCGGCAUUCCCGUCGCCGACUUGAACUCUAUGGAGAUGGAGUGGCUCAAGGAUAUCGAGUUCAAGCUCCACCGCGACCCAGCUGAGCAACAGGGUUGGGUAUUCUGGUCCGACCACUGGAAGGAGUACCAGAACCAUGCCAGCGCUCGCGCGAACCGAGCAAACAAGCUCAACCCCAUCGACACUUCAGUGCACCGACGGUCCUUGAACAAGCCGCUGCCUCCGCUCCCGAUGCAGCAGAGCUUCAACCCUCCGCCUUAUGAGUUCACGCCCAAGUCCGCCGUCCAUCCUUCGUACAGCAGCAGCGCCAACAGCAACUCUGCUGUUUACGCUCAAUACGAUCCAUGGCGAUCUGCAAACGAUCACUCGCCCGCGUCUGCUCCCAACACGGGUCCCACUACCCCGGAGUACUACGGCGCUGCGGGUCCCUGGGCUCCAGAGGGCUACUCUCGUCGCACCAUGUUUGGCUUCCCACCCCUGUCUCAGACAGGUCAUGCCCAGCAGCAACAGCAGCAGCCAUCCAACUACGGCCCACCUGCUUACUCGACUCAAUACCAAGCUCCCGUCUGGAACAACCAUGGCGUCAACUGCGGCUGCAUGUACUGUGCACAGAGGCAUCCAUCUUACUUCAUGGCGCCCGGCUUCGGACCUCAAGCUGUCGCUGUCUAG